AGCGAAGCAGACUCGGCCAAUCACAUAUUUCGUCUGCAUAUUAUCUUUAUUAUAUCAUCCAUAUUGCCCUGUUACACGGAGAAACCCUGAUUCUCUCCUCGGCUGUCGUGACUCCGCUAUAGUUGAUGCCGUCCAUAUCCGAUCGCCGCCAGAUCAACGUCCAUCGCCUUUGCAGCUACAAUACAUCUCCAAAGACGAAAUAGAUGACGCCAGCCACUGGAAAGCGUCAGUAUACGGCAUGCGUACGCUGUCGGAAGAGGAAGGCAAAAUGCGACCUAACGAGUAUUGGACAGGUUGGGAAACCACCUUGUCUUGGAUGCUUUCGCACUGGACAUGACUGUAUCCUUGCUAUAUCACGGCGUGGAGGGAACCAUAGAAAGGGCCAAAAUGCCAGUGUUGAGGAUAAUACACCUACAUCAGCUACAGCCGAUUUCGAAGAGCCUCCAAGACGCGUGAUAGACCUGCACCGCGAUGAUCAUAGUGGUCAUCUGGAUGAGCGAGAAGCAUUGCAUGCCGAGCUGAACAAUCCAUCCGACGCUCUCCAGAUCCUCGCCCAUGCAAGUCAUCAAGCUGGUCUAGACGGCAAUCAAGCAGGAUGCAGAGAUGAUGGCUCUGCAGAUCGUAACAAUUCAAACUAUCACCAGCAUGAAUCGCCACAGACAGAAAGCAUCCGGAACUAUGAAUUAGUUGCUGCUGGUGCUCUGCAGCCAGAGGAUAUAACUCAUCUGGUUCAAAUAUACGCAGAUAGAUACCACCCCUUCCUUCCGAUUGUUCCAAGACAUGUCCUUUCAUUGCCAGAACUAGAUUGUGUCUGGCAGGCAGAAACUUUUUUAUUGACCGUCAUCAUUACAAUCGCCUCGAUGGAUGAACCGCUAUACCAAAACACCCAUCACCAAGCCUGGGCAUAUACGAAGAAGCUCUUGCUGGACAUUCUCCUUGCGCUUCCCGCCACACAUCGCGUUGGCACAGUCGAGGGACUGCUUCUUCUCGCAGACUGGAUUCCGUAUAUCGUGACCGAGUCUGCACCAGGACGGCGAAAUUUCAUUGAGGACAACACGGCCUGGUCUCUCGUUGGCCAGGCAGUUCGGCAUGCGUAUCUCCUGCGGCUCGACCGCUCAUCCUUCCAAGAUCAUAUUGCAGAAGGUCCCAUGGAAGAAGCCAGUCGAAGGAGACUAGCUUGGAUCUUUGUCUAUCUUGCCGAUCGACAGAUCUCAGUCCGAAUGGGCCAGUCCUUCUGGUCUCGUGGACCCUCGCUUUCCAGCAGACUGUCAUUGGAAGGCUUUGCUGCUCUUCGACCACAAUCCACAGCGGAUGAAGAUUAUCCUUCGAUACUGUUGGCGACUGUCGAGCUAACACAGAUCUUGCACAAUGCCCACGAUAUCUUAUACUCUUCUGAAUACCAGACAGCCAAUAUGAUUCGCAGGGGUGACUACAGCCGGUGUCUGGACGACUUUUCAAAAUCACUCCGUCUCUGGCACGAAAGCUGGUCUGCUCUGGCUGUCAGUCCGAAGCUGAGAUCUACUCUACUCCUCAUGUAUGAGUAUCUGACAGUCUACGUGAAUGCAUUCUCUUUCCAGGCUGUUAUCACAAGGAAUGUCGCGGAUCGAAAAGAUUCCAGAAAGUCAGUGAAAGUUGUCUUCCCUUGUGGCAUCAUGGGAGCUCCAGAUGGUCCAUAUAUCUCUGCAGCCAUCCGAGCAGCCAAGAUGGUUCUAACAAUUAUGUGUGAAAUGGACUCUUCAACAUGCCUUGGAUGCCUCCCAUCCCGCUAUUAUCUAUAUGGCAUCUAUUCUGCCGUGUUUCUGUAUAAAACCCACAUGUUUGGAUCAUUUACCGCAGAGAAUGAACAUCGCCUACUGCUACCGCUGAUCACAGACUUCAUUGAUGCACUGAAGAAAGCUGCCACUAGCAAAAUGCAUCCUGGAUAUCGGUUCGGUAAGUUAUUGGAGUGUUUAUGGUUACAAGGCACGAUGGCCUCUUUUCCGAGUAGCCAGUCAGGGGAGAAUUCCUCGGCCUGUGAUUCCAAUCAUCCACGAGCGCCAGAAUCUACAACACAGGCAUCUGACAGUGCUUUGGAACCCACAAUGCCCGAAUCUCCCAUGCUGCCUGGAUAUCUUGGAGAAGAACCAAUGGGAUUCAUGUCAAGCACCAGCGGCGGCAGUGGGGAUUUUGAUUUCCUUGAGUCGUUAUUUGGGCUGAAUGAGGUCAAUAUGUUGCCGCCGUUCGGGAAUACCUAUCCAGCAUAGUAAUUUCAUCAGGUCUUCAGUUUCACGAUCGAAAUUAUAGAUAAAAUCUUGCUCACACUGUGUGCUUCGCAUAUAGAUGUCAUAAAAUGGCAAGAGAGAUGCGAUGGUUUGCAAGUCAAAUAUUCAAAAUAGCAUUAGUUUUGUUCAACGUUCACAUUCCGCUUGAGUCCAAAACUCCCAACUGUCAUUAUGG